UCCCUACGUAACGUCGAAAGAAGAAGAAGAUGGCGGAUACUCUGCGGCGGAUGUUGGAUAGCGGAAAGCUAACGGACGAACAAUGCCUCUCUAUGUUGAGGGUUUUAGAUUCCGAUGAUAAAGUAGUGGGUCGAUGCACAUGUCAGAAAGUGAUUGAGGAAAAAGCUUUUAAACGAAUCGACAACAGGAAACCUCUGAAGCAGUUGUUGGAGAUGCGGAAUCUAUCUGAUGAGGAAUACGACAAUCAUUUACGUGAAAUAGAUGAAGAUCAAGGAGAAUCGGAAGAAGUAGACGAAAGGUACUUCCGCCAAAUGAUUGAGUCUCAGCUUUUCGAUAUCGAUCCUGACGUUCGUGUCCCACGUUUGAUCGGACUCUCACAUUUUUAUUUUGGGGACAAGGAGGAAGAACAACCACCUCCCGAAAUGGAUCUCUACGGCCAGUUGGCUGUUCAUUGGUUCAACUUUGAGAACAAUAGGAACUUGAAGUUCUUACGCAUACCAAAAUUGAAUACCGAGCAUCCGUUUCCUCUAUACUACUAUAUUACUGUAGAGGUUAAAGAUGAGGUUGAAGAUGUUGAUGUUGAUGCUGCUGCUGAUUCGUCUCCGUCGUCUCUCACUCUGCAAACUAUGGUCACAAGACCUUUUGGUGCCUCUGCCUCUUUGGAAGCUAUGAUGGAAGUUACGAUUGAAGGCUGCAGAAUCAAACCCACCACAACAGGAGCGUAUCAGCCGUAUCAGCCAGAUUUCCACCACUUCAUGUUUAGUAGGGUUGAUGCGUUACGCAGAGGAUGUAUGCCUACCUUUUUGUCGGGACCACCAGAAGAAGCAGCUGAUGAUCAGAGAUUCUACGAGGUUCCGGACGAGGACAUUCGUAAAAAUGAUUGGCUUCGUCUGUAUGCCCACUUUGCACUUUUCAAAGUUUGCGAGGCUGGAUCUCAUGCUUUCCCGCCAAAGGAGAUGGAGUUGAAGAAGGUACUUGUGCAAACCCGAGUAACAACAACUCAAUAUGAUGAUGAUGAUGAUGAUGAUGAGCCGCCGUCUCCGAUUUUCAAUCCCAUUGAUGCCAAGUCUAAGAAUGCCAUCUUCCACAUAAGCUUCGAGGCCAACUGUCGCGACUACACAUCCGUAGUAAGGAGAACUGUAGAUGGGGUUUCAGGACAUAUGCAACUCGAAGUCAACACCACGGAGACUGAUUGCUUCUCUUCUUCAACAGAUGAUCAAAGUUAGUUGGUGGUCAUGCUGGUGCGCUCUGUUACAAUCACUCGUCAGAAUACUCCUUCUUAUGCUUUAUGUCGUUUUAUCUAUCCUUUGGUUUCUAACCCUCCACCGCAAGCAACUAUUAUCUAUGAUCUUGCAUUUGCGUUCUCUAUCGUAUCAAACGGCUUGGUAUGUUGUUGUGUUUAAAUUUGUC